UAAGCCAGAAAGACGCUUUUUAAAAAGGAAAACCGUGAAUUUACUCUUUGAUUUCCAAGAUCCGGCCCCCGAGUCCUGGAGCCCUUUCCCCGGAUCACUUCCGACAGCCGGUGCGGGCCUGGGAACUUUGGUUCGGGUGACCUCUGCCCGGCCUGCCUCUAGGCUAGCCCGGGAGACCGAACCUGAUCGUGGUUGCAGUGGCCUGGGGUGGGGAACCUGGAAGUUGGUGCCUCGAGGCGGAAUAAAUAGCCUGAACAUUUUUAUAUUCCAUUUUUCUGGAGAUGCCGCAGAAGGAUCCCUGCCAGAAGCAAGCCUGUGAAAUACAGAAAUGUUUACAAGCCAACAACUACAUGGAGUCCAAAUGUCAGGCUGUCAUCCAGGAACUGCGAAAGUGCUGUGCUCAGUACCCCAAGGGAAGAUCACUCGUCUGUUCAGGAUUUGAAAAAGAAGAGGAAGAAAAGCUGGCACUGAAGUCCAAAUCGACAAAGUUCAGCUGAGAAGUUACAGGUCCACCCAGUGAGCUGUAUUUCUUUUUCUCCUGACUCUUAUUCGGGCCAAGGAGCAGCAAAGAUCCAAUAAAAAACAUUAACUCUGAAAGUUAAUGAAUAUAUCACCCAAUCAGAACAGAUAGAAAUGCGUGGACAGUCAAAACCAAAACUGGGCUGCUAAAACAAACCUUUGUAAGUUUGUUUGUAAGUGAAAAGCAAACAAACAGAAAACUAGAUAGACCAUGCAUCAUUAUUAAUAGAAAGCCCCAGCUCAAUAUAGUCAGUUACCUGCUGUCAGAGAAGGACUAGCUGGCCACCGAGAAAUUAGUUGAAUGACUUUGAAAAUAAA